AUGGCAAAAAGAAGAGAAGCCGAGAAACAGAGAUGCUCUUCAAAUUCAUCAUCAUCAUCAUCGAACUGGGCAGGUCUUCAUGAUGAUCUUUUAGAUUUAAUCUUAGAAAAGUUGGUUCAUCUUUCUGAUAUAAUCAGAUUUAGCUCCGUCUGCAAACCAUGGAGUUCCAAGGCUUUGAUUCACCAAGAAAACAUAAGAAAGCUCAUAAACCACCAACCUCCCGGGAUAUUGUUAUCCUCUAUAGAUUUGGAAGUUAGCCAAGAAAGAAAGUUAAGUUUAUACAAUCUUUUCGACAGCUCUGAUCAAAUCCUCAACAACAAAUUACAUAUUCCUCCAGAAUACAAAAACCAUGAGUGUAUUGGUUCUUCUUAUGGUUGGUUGUUUUACAAGGAUGUUGGAAACCGUGUUAUACAACUUUUAAACCCAAUUUGUGGCACUGUUAUUCCUCUUCCACCGAUAUCCAUCCCAGGCAAAAAAAAUUUGGUUCCUUUCAACGAUUUUGAAAAUUUUACAUUGUCAAGUGACCCUAGUUUGGGAUCUUUUGAGGUACUCACAAUUCGUAGUGAUUGCUUAUUAGUAGCACAUCUGAAAUUCGGUGAUGAGUUUUGGACCUGUUUAUUAGUAGAUGAGGGUAUUGAAAUACCUAAGUUUACAUUCUACAAAAAUUUUAUACUUGGUUUUGAUUCCAGAUCGAGUAAACUUUUUUCUCUGGAUAUAAUUCGUUCUUCUAAUGGGUCUUCUCGGAGCCCUGAGUUAAGAGAAAUUGCUGUAGUACCAAACAAGGUCAGCUAUGGUUUUCCUUUUUUCUCAACUUUUGUGGAAACCACCAAUGGUGAACUUCUAAUGGUUCAUAGAUAUUGGCACAAUCAGACGAGAUAUAAGAUAUUCAAAACCAUAUGCUUGAAUGGACAAUUUGAUAUCAUUCCAGUUGACAACUUAGAUGGUCAUUGUUUAUUUUUUAGGCAAAACUUUAAUGAUUCAAAUUUAUGUAUUUCAGUUUUAGCAUCGAAUUUUGCUGGAUGUAGGGCAAAUUCAAUAUACUAUCCACUUUGGUUUCGAAUUGAAGGGUGCAAUUUAAAGUUUACAAUUCAAGAAUUCAAUUUGGAGGAUGAAAGUGUGCAGAUAAAUACAAAAAGUGUUCCCAUCUCUAAUACUGGGUCUAGUCUUCGUGAUGUGUUCUUGUUGGUGCCUUCAAUUAAGCACGCUAGAAGAACGAAUUAA